AUGGGUUUGCGACAGACACUCAAGAGACUCUCGACGGUUCGCGACCGGUCACGAGGAAACGCCCCCAUCGUAGAUGGCGAUGCUGACGCGCGGGCGCCCAUCAACAGCCCCAACCAGACCUUGGAGGAGGACUCUGGAGACGAGUCGGCGGACCGCCGGUUCUCUGAUAUUCUAGAGGUGUCUUUGGACGCCAAACUACCGUCGGCCGCAGAACGAACAGGACCGCUGCCAAGGAAGCCCACUGGAAAGCGGAAACCCGGCCAUACUACUAAAUUGCGACACAACCACACCGUGAGAAGGGCUAGGUCAGUCGAGCCUAAACCGCAGGAUUAUCUGUACUUUGGCGAAGGUGGCAGUUCAGCGGGCGUGGCGAGGUCUUCGCUGCAUCAGUCGCAACCACCACGAGCGGCCUCUAGCGGCGCCGUGGAAGUUAAAUCAUCCAAUACGCAAUCUACCGGCAGAGAUGCCAGUGGAUUUCUUAAUACUGGAAUGAGUAAUCACCAAAUGGCCGGGGGUUAUCAAGCUUUGACCUAUGGCGGCUCAUUACAGUACGACUACGCAGGUGUUCAGGCCCCAGGAGUAGACGGAUUAUAG